AUGUUCAGACAAGCAGUAUAUCUUUUGGUGUUAGUGGCACACUUCCCUACAGCAGAGUGUUUCUACGCUAUCAUUGGAAGUGAUGGUUAUUAUGACAACACACACAAAAGCAUAACCGAGACAUCAUGUUUAAUGGUGGUAGCCAAGUUUCUUGAAAGUAUUACUGGUAAAUUGUUGGGGCCCGGUGAUCUACAAAAUCUGGACCCCUUGACUUCAUCAACUUUAAUGGAAGCCUAUUACGGAAGUGGCCAGGUGUCAGCAGCUCCACUGCAAGAAGCGAUUGGUGAGAUUGUUUUAGGAAGUACUGUGGUAGAUGUUUACUACUCGCAUAAACCCGAAGCACACUUUAAUGCCGAGAAAAUUGAACAGGGGAAUAGACAAUUACAGGAACUUAGAAUUGUUAUCCUUAUUGAGUUGCAACGUGAAAAUCCUGACUAUGUGAGAAUACGAGCAUUGAUAGGGCAAUAUCUACACAUAAUCCAAGAUUUCUACAGCAAUACAAACUGGAUUGAAAUGAAUGGAACACUAGCCUACGAGAAUCUAGAAUAUGGUCUUCGGGAUCACACUGACAACACCACCUUUCUGAAUUUAUUCAAUCUGAGGAUGAAGAGCAAAGUGUCUUUAAGCAUUGCCAUGGACGUAUCAGGGAGUAUGUCUAAUGACAUUGCAGCUGCAAAAGCAAGAUGUUAUGAAAUUAUAGAUGAACGAGUUGGGACUGUGAAUGAACCUGCAGAAUAUGUACUUGUUCCAUUCAGUGACCCAGGUUUUGGUCCUGUGCAGGUUACAGAGAAUCCUAAUGAAUAUAAAGACUGGAUUGAAGCUCUUGUUGCUUAUGAUGGAGGUGAUUGUCCGGAAUUAUCUCACAGCGGAACUGAGCUAGCAAUAAACUAUACUAGCUAUCCUGGUUCCACUGUGUUUGUGUUCACCGAUGCUGAUGCUAAAGAUUUGUGGAAAGAGCAAGAUGUUCGUGAUUUAGCACUAGAGCGUGGUGUUAUUGUCAGCUAUUUGCUUACAGGAACAUGUGGGGGUACCCGUCGUGCCAGAAGCACCCAAGGUGGACCAGGCUUCAACAAUCAUAGAAGAAUGAAGAGAACGUUAAGUUCUUAUGAAAACAUCGCUCAAGCUACUGGAGGUGUGGUAAUUCAAGUCUCAAAAUGGGAACUCUUUAAUGUAACGGAACUUAUUGAUUCAGCAUUUGAUGGUGCAAUAGUCUGUAUUUCGAACUCCGAAGUUGUUGGCGUGAGGAAUGUUACAUUCAAUGUAGAUUCUACAAUAACAACAUUGGACAUUUCUGCGACUACCAAGGAUUCGGGUGGCUUAUUAGAAUUCAAAAUUGAAGAUCCAUCGGGUAAUACGUUCAAUGGGUAUACAACCGUCGUUCACACAUCAUCUAACCUUAUUUUAGCACACAACUCACCCGCAUACGGUCAAUGGACUUUAUUAUUUCUGGAUGACCGCAGUCGAAGUGUUGUAAUAAAUGCCACCAGUGCAAUUGAUUUUAUUCAUCGUUUUUAUAUGGAAGGUGAUCGUGGUGAACUCAUCCCAAUGUAUGGAACUCCUGCUAAAGGGAAAAAUGUAACUAUCAUCAUCACAAUGGUUGGACAGGAAUAUGUUUCUAAUGUAACUGAUCUAUAUUUAACAAGUCAUAAUGGAACUCAGCUUCGACGUGUGUCCCUGAAUGCAGUUGACACGAAUUCGUACUCUGCAUCGACUUCCGUCCCAUCACAGGAUUUCAGUCUGAUCGUGCACGGCAUGGAUGUGAAUUCAAAUACAUUCUAUAGAACUAAGACUAUUGCAGUUCAGGUUACGGAUGUCAGUUUGAAUAUCCACGGUGGAUUGCAAUAUUAUCUGGACACUAAUGGUACCGCGAUUUUCAUAAAGUUCACUGUGGAGAACAAUGGUGACAAUCCAGAUAACUAUACGCUCUCUUGCUCCGAUGAGUUAGGUUUUGUUCGGGAGUUAAUGAUUAGUGACGUCACUGUAGGUAAUAAUGAUUUUGUAGAUGGAUAUAUACUGGUAGCUGCAGAUGAUGGUACUGACGAAGGCACUGUAAGUGUCGUAAUGCUCACAGUAACAGGAAUGGCUGAUUCAACAGACAGUGUCGAGUUAAAGUUGUUUGUGAUAGAUUACAUAGCAGAGUUGCGAGAAGAUAAAGAAGAUGGUACGUCUACUCCAGCACCUACUCCGCCGCCUACAUUUAUAGUGACUACACCGGAUAUUGUUUCUACCGUAUCUAUUGUCUCUACUCCAGAUAUUGUGUCUACCCCAGACAGUAUGUCUUCUACAGUUAAUGGGCUUACCCCAAUUAGCGUGUCUGCUCCGGAUCGUGAAACAGAUUGGCAGUGGUCUGUCGUUGGUGGCGUAUUACUCGCAAUAUUAUCUACAAGUAUAGUAGCAAUAGGAAGUAUAGUUUUGC